AUGAUAAUACCGCGCAAUCUCUACAGUCCCGUUGCCCCAGAGCCCCGAUCCCGCAUCGCCAACAACCCGACCCUCCUCUACAGCUGGUGGUGCACCGUCUUCUCCGCAGUCAUUAUCGGCGUCCGCCUGUCUGGCCGCUACAUCCGCAAUGAGCAGCUCUUCCGCGAAGACAAGAUCAUGGCCCUCAGCAUCUUUCCUCUGUUUGCGCGCAUGGGCUUUGUCCACGUCGUCUUGAUCUACGGCACCAACAAUGUCAACACGGCCAACUUGACAGACCCCGUCAAGAUUCGCCAUCGCGAGAUUGGCUCCCAGAUGGUCCUGGCUGCAAGGAUAUCCUACGCCCUUUUCAUCUGGUUGGCCAAAUUCACCGUUUCGGAAUUCUUGAAGCGCCUAACGGAGCGUUUCUGGAAAAGGGGGUACGAAUGGGGACUGCGCGGCAUCCGCAUCUUCCUGCUGGUUACCUUUGUCAUGGUUGUCGUGGCCACUCUUGUCGAGUGCCGCCCAAUCACGCAUUACUGGCAAGUGAUUCCAGACCCAGGACCUCAGUGCCGCCAGGGCUAUGCUCAACUCCUCACCAUGGGCAUCGCCGAUAUUGUCACCGAUAUCCUCCUGGUUGCCUUUCCCAUUCCCAUCAUUGUGCGCUCGGGGAUGCCCCUGAAGCGCAAAAUCUCCCUCACAGCCCUCUUCUCCAUGUCAGUCGCCCUCAUCAUAGUCACAGGAGCCCGCAUGCCCUUGGUCAUUGAUAAAGACGGUCUCCAGCAAUUCCGCACUGUAUUUGCCUCUUCCGAGAUUUUGGCUGCUGCCAUCGUGUCCAACGCCAUUAUCCUAGGCUCAUUCCUUCGCGAUCGCGGCGUCAAAAAGCCAAAGUUCAAAGCACCCUCAACCAUCGACAGCGCAGAACGCCGAGAAUCCGCGCGUCGUCUUACACUCCAGGCUCGCAGCAGUGACGAAGACCUGGCACGGUCGUUGGGAUACCGCACCAAGCCCGAACUUCUCGAGAAAUCACCAAACGUGCCCAGACCAGCUCCUGUAGCGGACCUCGCCCUCUUAGCACCCGCAACACAGUCUGGACCUUUUGCAAACACCAACUGGAAGUUUCCUGACGAAGAGGCGAGCGUCUCUCAUGGCGAAGAGUACUCGAACCCAGCGACGGAAGAUGCACGGGACCCCAUGCCCAGUCCUCGCUGCGGCAGACGAGUAUCGUGGUUUGACGUGGGCGGACUACUAGACAACACAGCAGCGGCUCCCUCACCCACAGACUCUGUAAUUGCGCACGACUUUGCCACGCAGCACAGGAGAGGUUCCCGAGCCUCCACUUCCAUCAUGUCCAUGUCAAAUGGCCGUACAUUUUUUCCACAAGCUCGACGGAACUCGCGGCUCUCACAAAAGUCCGAGGACGUGGAAAUGUGCCCCCGGCCCACGCAACAGCUGCAAGAUCUCGGCGGUCUGCUCUCGGAAGAGUGCGAGAGCGAGGAAGCCGAAUCGACUGUGUCUCCCCAACGCAGUUUUCCGCACGAGCGAACCUCGACUAUGCGCCGCACAUCGACACGUUCAACACGAACAAGCUACGACGUCCCUUCUUUGCGAGACCCCGGAGGAUUGCUCUCGUCUGUGCCCUCGGCCACAUCGAUUCGGCGUACCACGACCAAUCAGAGCCGUGACGUACCAAGUUUGCAGGAUGCUGGCGGGCUUCUCAAAUGAUGACGCACCCUCUUCUUUUCUCCCUAAUGUUCCUCUUGUUUGAUACCCCGGCUUUACAGCCCCUUCAUUCAUGUCAUUUGCAUGGUGCUUUGCGUUUGCUCAUUUACCACAUGUACGAUAUAUCUCUUUUGAUUUGGAUUGGCGUUGACGGGUCUAUGACUGAUGGGCUAUGACGAUCGCACGAGCGCUGCUCAUGUACCAGAGAUUUGCGUUUGACAAUCUCAAUCUGGUAUUGAGCAGCAGGACUUGUAACACGCUACUAUAAUUAUCCCGGUAGUCAGCGUAGCUUACGUUAAGCCGUCAGAUUGCCGCAUUUAAA